AUGGCUGGAACAUCAGAAGGCCAACCAUUAUCAUGGCUUUCUUCUAACGAGGAUCAACACAUGACAAUGUCGAUUGAGCCCAAUUUUCUUUCUCAGAGAGAGUUCGGUUGCAGUUCAGAUCCAUCAAUUCAAACGUACUCCGGUUACAUUGAGAAUUGCAGAAACGAGAUAAAGAAUAAUACGAAUGGACAAGUUGAUAACAGGGGACAGGAAUGCGGGUCGCUUGAUGAUGGUUCAUGCUUGAGUAUGUUUAUGAGAGACCAAUUUUCUUACAAUCCUUAUAGUAAUUUAGUUCUACAUGAAACAAAUAAAAUGAAGUCUGAAACUGGGAUUAACUGUCAUAAUAACCACCACCACCCUUUGGAUUUUCACUUUGACGAGGGCUUUGGAUCGACCCAUGGACAGCAGCCUAUCUUCGACAACAUUCCUCCUACUCAGACUGCUUGGAUUCAUCCGCCCGAUCCUUGUCCUAUCUCUAUUUUUGGUCAAAAGUCAUUUGAACAGGCGGCAACAACGUUAAACAUUGGAAGAAACCCGAUUUGGAGGUAG